UUCAGCAAACUCUUCCAGCUUCCAGUUCCAAUCUUUCAGCAGCUACAUUGAGGAAAAACAAGAAGAUGCAUCUAUGGCCAUCGAUGAGAUUGAGGGACUCUUUCAAGAUUGCAUACUUGAAGAAACUCGAGCUCAAUCUCCACCGUAUGAAUUUAGAGAAAAAACAGCAGCAGCAGCAGCAACAUUCCCCGUCCGGCACCAGCAGUAGUAAUAAUGCUAAUGAUGAUCAUCGGCAGAAGUUAUUAGAUGAUAAUAGUGAAGACCAUCCUACAAAGGGCGAAAAAUUGAUUGCAAUCUGCAGAGAAUUGUUGUUGAUCUUCUCUUGCUGCUAUUGUUGCUUCUGCUGUGGAGCUUGUGUUGAGGAUGAAGAAUGCUGAUGAUCCUCACAGUGCAACACAGGAUCAAUGGUUGUACAGAGGAGAUUGUAGGAUCAAAAGUUAUGAUAUCAGCUCAGCUGGAUCAAAAGUUAUGCUAUCAGCUCAGCUUCUAAGGCAUAAUCAUAAAGUGGACCAAAUUUUAGAGUGUCUGCCUUUGUUUUUUCAGAUUAUUAUGGUACAGCUGUUGUCUAACUACUUCGUUAAUCCAACAUUAGUACGUUGUAUGGUUGCAAGCAAAUUUAGGCCUCUUCCAUAGCUAUGUAUAUUGGUAAGGCUUUCAGCAAUCUGUUGACAAGGCAAGCUUAAUAACUGUAGUAUCUUCAGUUCUGGCAGCAUAUCCUUUGAUGUUAUUUCAGUAAAGAGCAUGUUUUUCGGCUA